AUGACAGCACUUGGACUGAGGAGUGGGUCAUGCGGAAAAAAGGCAGUGGUCAGCACUCAGGGGAUGCGUCAAGAGCUGGCACAGGGACGUAUAGUCGGAGGAUAUGCACCAGUUCCACAUUCAAUCAAAUACAUUGUGUCCAUACAGACAACCCAGCGUCAGCACUUAUGCGGGGGCUCCUUGAUAAAUAAGCACUGGGUAAUCACAGCAGCACACUGUAACAUUGGGGUAGAUAAAAUGAUGAUUGUAGCAGGAGACUACUCUCUGACCAUCUAUGAGGGAACAGAGCAAGAAAUCCUGCCCCAAUUGUUGGUUCCCCACCCGCAGUACAACCGCACCACCACCAACAAUGAUAUUAUGCUCAUUAAGCUAAAGGCCCCGGUGUAUCUGAACAGCUACGUCUCCAUUGCUCUGCUGCCCCGACAGGGGGCCUCUGUGGCGGAGGGCAGAGUGUGUCGAGUGUCAGGCUGGGGAUACACCAGCCCCAGUGGAGGCCAGAUCCCCUCCACCCUCCGCACCAUUACGCUGCCCAUCGUCUCCACAGAAAAAUGCAACAGCAGUGAGUCCUUUAACGGCAACAUCACAGAAAACAUGCUCUGCGCUGGUUUCAGUACUGGUGGAAAGGAUGCCUGUCAGGGGGACUCUGGGGGCCCACUAGUAUGUGAGGGCCGGGUCUAUGGUUUGGUGUCCUGGGGGAGAGGAUGUGCUGAUGCACAGUUUCCUGGAGUCUACACCGCUGUGUCCAAGUUCCGCAGGUGGAUAGACAACACCAUAUUUAGCUACUACCGAAAGUGUUAACAAGGAUUAAACCCCA